UGUAGACCGAGAUCAAGUAUGUGUUCAGUGUUUUGGGCCUCCAGUGUCACAGCUGUAGAUAAAGUCUGAGCAACGCCGAGAGGAGUCCAGAGGAGGAUUUUUAUACCUAAGCUGCAGCCCGAAGGAGAGACCAACAACAUGCCGAGGUCAUUCCUGGUGAAGAGCAAAAGGGCCCACAGUUACCACCAACCCCGCUACCUGGACGAUGACUACAAUAGGCUGGAAACUAUUAUGGCUCACGUGUGCGCAGAGAGAAAAUCUCACAGGGAGUUUGAGUCUAACUUUGAGCCGCGGGAGGAGACGACCCCCGGCGCUGAGAGCAGGCAACCCCCCGGGUCCAGGAUGGGGUCUCCAGGCUCGCUGUCCUCCAGCUCCCCGCUGAGCUGCGGGGGCAGCGUGUGUGAUCGGUCCUCCGACUGUGAUUUCUGGCGUCCGCCGUCUCCCUCCUCCUCACCAGAUUCAGAGAAAUGUUCCACACCCGCACCGGAAGACGGUAACUUCAACAUCCCAAUCUUUCCUUACUCCUGGUCCACGUACUCCGGCACCGAGCUCAGGCAUCUGGUUCAAGGGCCUUAUCAGCACCACCUGCGGCGCCACAGGGGGUCUCACUCACCCGUCAGCUUCUAUGGGGCGGAUGACAGCGGUGGUGAGCGAGUUUACGCACAGCGGGGCCUCGGGGCCGGAUGUUACCAGGACAUUUCUUCAACGGCCCUCCAAAUGUGCAGGAUGCGGGAUGGAGAGGAGCUGUUUGCGGGUGGAAAGCAACAGCCGCCCCGCGUUGCGGAAAUCAAAUCUGAAGAGGAUUUUAUGCAAUCUAACCUCGAAGAAAAUGGAUCUUACAAGUGCAUUAAAUGCUGCAAGGUGUUCUCCACGCCUCAUGGGCUGGAGGUCCAUGUGCGGCGCUCACACAGCGGAACGAGGCCGUUUGAAUGUGGAAUCUGCGGGAAAACCUUUGGACACGCAGUGAGCUUGGAUCAGCACAGGGCGGUCCACUCACAGGAGAGGAGCUUUAGCUGUAAAAUAUGUGGCAAAAGCUUUAAGCGUUCCUCCACGUUGUCCACGCAUCUGCUCAUCCACUCGGACACGCGGCCUUAUCCGUGCCAGUACUGCGGGAAGAGGUUCCACCAAAAAUCUGACAUGAAAAAACACACUUUCAUCCACACAGGUGAGAAGCCGCACAAGUGUCAGGUGUGCGGGAAGGCCUUCAGUCAGAGCUCCAACCUCAUCACGCACAGCAGGAAACACACAGGCUUCAAGCCGUUCGGCUGCGACCUGUGCGGGAAAGGUUUCCAGAGGAAAGUGGACCUGAGGAGACACAAGGAGACCCAACACGGACUGAAAUAAGCUCAUUGUGGAGGAUUUAAUAAGAAAUCCAGAACUUUAUUUGUGUUCAGACGAAAGUCGUGUUUUCACUUGCUGUAUUGGAUUUUUUUCUUACUAUUUAUCUGCUCUAAUAUAUAUUAUUUUUCGUUAAUUUAUCAUUUGUGUUUUUACGUUAUUAUUGGAAAUCUGAAUAAUUAAUUUCUAAAGCUGAAUGUUUUAAUUGGCUUUUAAACUGAGUCAAUUUGUUACAAUAAUUAUGGAUUAAAUAUUGAUGUAAAGAUUUUGUCCGUUUUUUUCAUUUAUUUUUAUUGUUGCUUUUUAAUUAUUCAUGGG